AUGGCAAAGAAAUAUGAGGGACCUGCUAUUGGAAUUGAUCUUGGUACAACGUAUUCAUGUGUUGCUGUGUGGCAGGAGCAAAACAAUCGAGCAGAGAUUAUCCAUAAUGAACAAGGAAACAGAAUCACACCUUCUUUUGUUGCUUUCUCUGGUGAUCAAAGGUUGAUCGGUGAUGCUGCUAAAAAUCAAGCAGCUUCAAACCCAACCAACACUAUAUUUGAUGCAAAGAGGUUGAUUGGAAGGAAAUUUAGCGAUACAGUUAUUAGAAAUGAUCUUCAGUUAUGGCCCUUUAAGGUUGUUGCUGGCAAUGAUGACAACCCGGUUAUUGUUGUUAAUUAUAAAAAUGAGGAAAAGCGCUUUGUUGCUGAGGAAAUUUCAUCAAUGAUCCUCACUAAAAUGAAGGAGAUAGCAGAUAAAUUUUUGGAGUCAAAGGUUAAAGAUGCUGUGAUUACUGUACCGGCUUAUUUCAAUGAUUCUCAACGAAAAGCCACAAAAGAUGCUGGUGUCAUUGCUGGCCUCAAUGUAAUUCGGAUAAUCAAUGAACCUACUGCUGCUGCUCUUGCUUAUGGCCUUCAAAAGAGAGCUAAUUGUGUUGAAGAGAGGAACAUUUUCAUCUUUGAUCUUGGUGGUGGAACAUUCGAUGUGUCUCUUCUUACGAUCAAGAAUAAUGAAUUUGAUGUCAAGGCUACUGCGGGCGACACUCACCUUGGAGGAGAGGACUUUGAUCACAGAAUGGUAAACCACUUUGUGAAGGAGUUCAAGAGGAAGCAUAAUAAGGACAUAAGUGGAAACUCGAGGGCUCUUAGAAGGUUGAGAACCGCUUGCGAGAGGGCAAAGAGGACACUUUCAUUUGAUGCUGAGGCCACAAUAGACAUAGAUGCUUUAUCUGAAGGUAUUGACUUUAGUUCAUCAAUCACUCGUGCUAAGUUUGAGCAACUCAACAUGGAUCUCUUUCAUAAGUGUAUGGACACCGUUGAAAGAUGUCUCACUGAUGCUAGAAUGAAGAAGAAAAAUGUAGAUGAUGUUGUACUUGUCGGCGGUAGUUCCAGGAUUCCCAAAGUGAUUCAGCUAUUACAAGACCUUUUCAAUGGAAAAGAUUUAUGCAUGAGUAUCAACCCUGAUGAGGCUGUUGCUUACGGUGCUGCUGUUCAGGCUGCAUUGUUAAGUGGAGGUAUCAAGUCUGUUCCGAACUUAGUGCUGCGAGACAUUAUACCGUUGUCACUUGGUAUAUCUACAAAAGGAGAUGUCAUGAGUGUAUUGAUUCCGAGAAAUUCCACGAUUCCUGUAAAGAAGAAACAAGUAUAUCACACCUGUGAAGAUGACCAGCGCGAUGUCUCAAUAGAUGUCUACGAAGGCGAGAGAAUGGUUGCGAGUGAGAACAAUUUGCUUGGUUUGUUUGAACUCAAAAUUCCUCUUGCUCCUCGCGGCCUUCCUGUAAAUGUUUGCUUUGCUAUUGACGCCGAUGGUAUAUUGAAUGUCUCAGCUGAGGAAGAAACCAGUGGUAAUAAGAAAGAUAUUACGAUAACGAAAGAAAAUGGAAGACUCUCAACGGAAGAAAUAGAGAGAAUGAUAGAGGAAGCUGAGAAGUUCAAGGCUGAAGACAUGAAGUUUAUGAAGAAAGUUAAAGCGAUGAAUGUUUUAGAGGAUUAUCUUUAUAACAUGAGGAAAGUAAUGAAGGAUGGUAGUGUUACUUCCAUGCUUAGCUUAACUGAUAAAAUGAAGAUCAAUGCUGCAGUGACAAAGGGGAGGAAUUUGAUUGAUGAUAAGCAGGACAAUGAAACAUUUGUGUUUGUAGACUUUUUAAGGGAGCUUGAGAUAAUAUUUGAAUCUGCUUUGAAUAAGGUCAACAAAGGUUACUCUGAUGAGGAAAGUGACUCUGAUUGA